CACACACAAUAAUUAGUUUAAGUAACCAAAAAAAAAAGAAGAAGGAUUAACAUGUCUUGUAGAGAUAUUGAACCACUUAUUGUUGCAAAAGUGAUUGGAGAAGUUGUAGAUAGUUUCAAUCCAAGUGUGAAAAUGAAUGUGACAUAUAAUGGAACCAAACAAGUGUUUAAUGGUCAUGAACUCAUGCCUCUUGUCAUUGCUUCUAAGCCUCGUGUCGAGAUUGGUGGCGAAGACAUGAGAUCUGCUUACACACUCGUGAUGAUUGAUCCAGACGUUCCAGGUCCUAGUGAUCCUUACUUAAGAGAACACCUCCAUUGGAUUGUGACAGAUAUUCCUGGCUCUACUGAUGCCUCUUUUGGAAGAGAGAUAGUAAGCUACGAGAGUCCAAAACCAGUGAUUGGAAUUCAUCGAUACGUAUUUGUAUUAUAUAAGCAAAAUAGAGGAAGACAAACAGUGAAACCACCAGUAACAAGAGAUCAUUUCAACACUCGAAAAUUUGCAGUAGAAAAUGGAUUGGGUUCCCCUGUUGCUGCUGUUUACUUUAAUGCACAAAGAGAAACUGCUGCUAGAAGAAGAUAAAUCACCAAUCAUCAACAUCAACAUUAAUAUCAACAUCGAUAUCAAUAAAUAAAAAUAAUAUUAAAUAUAAUAAUAUACGCAGAAUUUUUCGUAAGUAAUGUCUAACGUUACGUUAUUAAAAGUGUCCUGACUCAUGAUCAUGGAUCAUGUUGUACUUGCGGCGCUUUAUCUAUCUUUUUUUUUUUUUGUCGUAUCUUAUCUACUU